UUUGAUCGCUUCGCUCUGCAUGCGUGUCUCAUACCCGGAGCAGUCGCUGCUCCUGCAUUCCCACAACAGCAGCAGCACUGAACAGAUGCUUCCAGGGUUUCUCUCGCGCUGUGCGUUUCAGUUCUGAAGAAAGUUGUCUAGCAUUAUCUCUGGAUUUGUAUUUUUCUCUCCGCUUUUUAUGGAUCACAGAGAUCUCAUCAUUCCUCGCAAAGAAUACUGCUGGCAAUGUUCUCCUGUACCUCUAAGGAUUGCUUUCGAAAUGUUUUAUCUCUGGAGACAUGAAGAUUAAACUGAGACUUCUCUGCGCUGAGAAUUUCCAUUGUUCUUGCCAAUAAUGCAUAAUAGUCACAAAUUUAAUGGCAGACCUUGAAGUAUAUAAAAAUUUAAGUCCAGAAAAAGUUGAAAGAUGCAUGAGUGUUAUGCAGUCUGGGACUCAGAUGGUGAAGCUGAAGAGUGGGACCAAAGGGCUAGUUCGUCUCUUUUACCUGGAUGAGCACAGGACCUGCAUCCGAUGGAGACCCUCCAGAAAAAGCGAAAAGGCAAAAAUCGUCAUCGAUUCAAUUUACAAAGUUGCCGAGGGCCGCCAGUCUGAGAUCUUCCACCGCCACACGGAGGGGAGCUUUGACCCCAGCUGUUGCUUUACUAUUUAUCAUGGCAACCACAUGGAGUCACUGGAUCUGAUUACGUCCAACCCCGAAGAGGCUCGCACCUGGAUCACAGGGCUGAAGUACUUGAUGGCUGGAAUAAGUGAUGAGGACUCCCUAGCUAAGCGGCAGAGAACUCAUGAUCACUGGGUGAAACAGACCUUUGAGGAGGCUGACAAGAACGGAGACGGCCUGCUCAAUAUUGAAGAGAUCCACCAGCUGAUGCACAAGCUGAAUGUUAACUUGCCCCGGCGGAAGGUCCGGCAGAUGUUCCAGGAAGCUGACACAGAUGAGAAUCAGGGAACCCUCAAUUUUGAAGAGUUUUCGGUAUUUUACAAGAUGAUGUCCUUACGACGAGAUCUCUAUUUACUGCUCUUGAGCUACAGUGACAAGAAGGAUCAUCUCACGGUUGAAGAACUUGCUCAGUUUCUGAAGGUGGAACAAAAGAUGAACAAUGUGACACCAGAAUAUUGCCUUGACAUCAUACAGAAGUUUGAAGUCUCAGAAGAAAACAAGGAGCAGAAUGUUUUGGGUAUUGAAGGUUUCACCAACUUUAUGCGCAGUCCUGCUUGUGAUGUGUUCAAUCCGCUGCACUGCGAGGUGCACCAGGACAUGGAUCAGCCCCUCUGUAACUAUUUCAUUGCCUCGUCGCACAACACCUACCUGACGGGCGACCAGCUGCUCUCGCAGUCCAGAGCGGAGAUGUACGCGCGCGUGCUGCAGGACGGUUGUCGGUGCAUUGAAGUGGAUUGCUGGGAUGGUCCAGAUGGGGAGCCGGUAGUGCACCAUGGCUAUACCCUGACUUCUAAAAUAUUCUUCCGUGAUGUGGCAGAAACAAUCAAUAAAUACGCCUUCCUCAAAAAUGAGUUUCCAGUGAUACUGUCCAUCGAAAAUCACUGCAGUAUUCAACAGCAGAAGAAGAUUGCUCAGUACUUAAAGGAGAUAUUUGGUGACAAACUGGACUUGUCGUCUGUCAUCACCGGAGACUCCAAACAGCUUCCUAGCCCUCAGAAUUUGAAAGGCAAAAUCCUGGUGAAGGGCAAAAAGCUGCCAUACAGUCUUGGAGAAGAUGCUGAGGAAGGAGAAGUUUCAGAUGAGGACAGCGCUGAUGAAAUAGAAGAUGACUGCAAGCUAAAGCUCUGCUAUAGUAAUGGUGCAAUUGAGCACCAGGUGGAAUCUUUUAUAAGAACGAAACUUGAAUCUCUGAUAAAAGAAUCCCAAAUCAGGGACAAAGAAGACCCUGACAGUUUCACUGUGAGAGCACUUCUCAAGGCAACACAUGAAGGUUUAAAUGUUAACCUGAAACAGAACCUGGAUGCAAAAGAAGGUGGAAAAAAGUCUCAUGGCCGAUCAUUAAUGGGCAACUUUGGUAAACACAAGAAAGCUGUGAAGGCAAGAUCCAAAUCCCAAAGUACAUCUGACGAUGAAGAAAGUCAGCAAAAUGCUUCUGGAAAGGAAACAGGACAGCUUCACAGCAGACUGGCUCGUCGGAGAAAAACUGUGAAGCUGUGUCGAGCUCUGUCUGACCUGGUGGUGUACACCAACUCUGUGGCAGCCCAGGAUAUAGUGGAUGAUGGAACAACAGGGAACGUGCUGUCAUUCAGUGAAACAAGAGCCCACCAAGCAGUGCAGCAGAAAGCUGAACAGUUCAUGCUUUACAACCAGAAACAGCUUACAAGGGUGUAUCCAUCUGCCUAUCGGAUUGACUCCAGCAAUUUCAAUCCUAUACCAUACUGGAAUGUUGGCUGCCAGUUAGUGGCACUGAACUACCAGUCUGAAGGGCGCAUGAUGCAAAUAAAUGAAGCAAAAUUUAGGGUCAACGGCAACUGUGGUUAUGUCCUCAAGCCUCAGCAGAUGUGCAAAGGUACCUUCAACCCCUACUCUGCUGAUCCACUUCCUGCCAGUCCUAAAAAGCAGCUUAUUCUGAAAAUCAUCAGUGGACAGCAAUUACCUAAACCUCCCGACUCAAUGUUAGGAGACAGAGGAGAGAUAAUAGACCCCUUUGUUGAGGUGGAAAUUAUUGGAUUACCUGUUGACUGCUCUAAAGAUCAGACAAGGGUGGUUGACGACAACGGGUUUAAUCCUGUUUGGGAGGAAACACUCACCUUUACCAUCCACAUGCCUGAAAUCGCUUUGGUUCGAUUUCUUGUUUGGGACCAUGACCCUAUUGGGCGAGACUUCGUUGGACAAAGAACUUUGGCCUUCAGCAGUCUUGUGCCUGGUUAUCGUCAUGUGUAUUUAGAUGGGCAGACAGAAGCAUCCAUAUUUGUUCAUAUAACCAUUAAUGACAUCUAUGGGAAGUGGAGCCCUUUAAUCCUCAACCCCAGUUACACAAUAUUGCACUUUCUAGGAGCCACCAAGAAUAAGCAGCUGAUAGGACUGCGAGGGUUGUUUAACAAGACCCCUAAGCACAGCUCCGCUGAAAGCAACGGGCACUAUGUGCGGAAGAGAUCCAUCGGCGAUCGAAUUCUCCGGCGCACGGCCAGCGCUCCGGCCAAAGGCAGAAAGAAAAGUAAAAUGGGGGUCGUGGAAGGCAUCGAAAUCAAAGACAGCGCGUCCGAGCCAGCCGACCUGAAGGACAAAGAAGGAGUUGUAAGGCGCGCGGCGCGGAGCUUGCAGGCCCGGCCUGCCUCCAUGCCCGUGGACAAGUAUCUUCUCGUGGGACUGCCGUGCGCGGGAGGGGAAGCUGUGCAAGAAGCCGGAGGAAAAGAAAAUGCAUCUGUCAACAGUGAUGCUACAACCGAGAAGGAAGCAAGCUUAAAAGACUCUGGUUUUACCUAUUCUGAGAAAAAUACAGCUACUUCAGAUUUGUCAUCUGUCUUGAAAAGGGAGAAUCUCCAGAUGGGAACUAAAGCUGGCUCUUCUCCAGUACCACUGCUGCAGGAAAAACGUGUGGUUUUUGCCGGUGGGAUAACUGAAACCAGUCACCUCACAGGGCACGAGGAAACUCACCUUUCUGGUGGAAUUGCCCCUCUAAUACAGGACUGUGGUGUUGAACUUUUCACAGGAAAAACACUGGGCAAAAAUUGUGCAGGACAUAAUUUUGUGUCAUCUUCCCUUUUAUCUAAAGAGGAGAAAGUAACACUGGUGGAGACGUCCUUCUCUCGAAAAGUAGAGGAUAUGGAAAAUCACAAAUUUGACGUUGUCCAGAAAAGCACCGUAGCAACCUUUUCAUUGACAGGUAUUUCUUCUGCUCUCUCCUCUGAUGUUCCUGCUUUACACUCCACUUCAGCCCUGCAGGACAGUGACAUUUCUCGUCUUAUAGAUGAAGUUUCUUUAGUUAACGCGAGUGAGAUGGAUAGCUGUGUCUCAGCACUGAUUGGGCAGGUUGACGUCACAGGUGACCAAACUGAUCUCACUGUGGUCUCAAGUCUCCAUGGAAGCAGCAGCCAGACCUUGAGUGUGGUGUCCGCACAUCCGGAUGUGAACACUCCGUGUAAGAGCCACUUGACUUCCAUGAGAUCCCCUCUUUUCUCAACUCCGGAUACCACUGUGUUCUCCAGCCCUGAGACUACUGAGUGUCCCAUGCACACGAUUAUCCAUGAGGCAUCUCUUACACCAGCUUCUGAAUGUAAUACCCACAGUGAAUUAGUUUGCACAAACCACCUAGACAGCGUAGAAGAUAACUUGCCAUGUUCUGCUUGUACUAAGCCUCUGCUAAAUGCAAAUCCCAAAACAAAGUGUGGCACAAGUUGGGAAGCCCUGGAAUCUGCCAAUUCUUUUGCUUCAGACAGCCUCGUCUUUGAGGAUACGCUCGUUGACCCUCCCACUUGUGAAAAUUCAGAAAGCAGCAGUCUGGUAGAAGUAGACGGGGAUUCUCAAGAUCUGCUGGUCACUGCGUGCGAGUACAAAAGAGAAGACAUGAGCCAGGUGGCUUCUCCUUUGAAACUAAGGCAAAAGCAGGACCCGGGGCAUGGUGGUGAGAGGUGCUCUGGCUAUAACACAACCGUCGAGGAGCUCUGUGCUGCUGCCUUGGCUUGCUCAGAUAACUUCAGGACUGCAGGGUGUCAGUUCUCCUUCCCAACGUAUGGAAACACUGGCUUUUUACAUGGUUAUCGUCAGACUUCAGGCACACACAGAGAUGGAUCGUGUACAUCCCAGCUUAAUGUACACUCACCUGGACUAAAGAAUGCUGUGCCCUUCCCACCUGCAGCCAUCAAACAGACCAGUCCUUGCAAAUCCAAGAGUCUGGGUGACUUGACUUCAGAGGAUAUUUCCUGCAAUUUCGAAAGUAAGUAUCAGUACAUAAGUCGAAGCUUUAUCACGUCUGGCAUGAGAGACAAGAAACUUGCUGCUAUGAAGAAUAUGAGACCCCAUUCUACAGAUGCUCUGACAGAGCAGCUGAGGAAAUUGGUAUCCCUGGACCAGGAGGAGAGCUGUCAAACACUGUACUCCAGGCAGAUUGACGACGAGUGCCCCAAGACGCUGGUCAGAAAGCUGUCGUCCAGGAGCCAGAGCCGAGUGCGGAAUAUAGCCAGUCGUGCCAAGGAAAGGCAGGAAGCCAGCAAGCAGAAAUGCACUAAUGCAGGUAGCAUUGCAGGGGUCGUUCUCCGGAGCAAGCCCUCGGCACCAUCCCACACACUCAACAGGCAUUCCACAGGCUCCUACAUAGCCAGGUACCUGAAUGGCUUUGCCGGGGCCGACGCGGAAGGCCGCGGGAUGCCGGAGGGCGCGUGCGCCGCGCUGCACCCUGCCUGUGCUGAGCAGCUGCACGCGCAGCACGCCCUCCUCCAGCUCGAAGCCACCACUGAUGAUAAGCCAGAAAUAUAUUUCCUGCUGAGACUGUAGAUUGUAUAAAUGUACAUCUUCAAUGUUUACACGCUACUUCACUGAAAUGAAGGAUUUUUAGCAAGAAAUACUGUCUUGAGAAUUUAAAUUAUUUAGAAAUACAAUUUUAUGCUAGUGAUUCGAUCAUGAUUUAGUGUGCUCUUCCCUGUCAAAGCUGAUGUAAAUAGAAAUGAUGCUCCGUUCUUAUGUCUGUAUUACUUAGAAAUUGUAAAGUGAGCUGAUCUGGAGCUGGUUUGCAUGCGGAAAACCUUUGUAGCAUUUUGUAGUUGUAAUGCAUGUCAUUUCAACGGGCAAGCACUUCGUGCUCCAGGGCACAACGGUGCAGUGAAUGCAGUUGUAUUCGCCUGUUUUCUCAAUGCCCUGCUGUUUGGAGAACCAUUUUCAGUGGUCGCUUUUGUCCUCGGUCUUGCAGACUGUAGUGAGCAAGGGGGGACGUUCUGCUGAGCGCGGAGCCUCCUGGUCUUGGCAGUUCCUUGGAGCUGGGCUGCGGGUUGGACUCGCUCUGCCCACAGGCUCCUCCUCAGGCUCAGAGCCCUCGUUCGUGGAGCUCUUGCCAGUCUGACUUGUGCUAAGUGUCAGGUUUACUUGGUUCCACCUGUGAGCUCUGGUUCUACAGCAAGGGAUUUG